AUGUCGCCUUAUCCUUCGGAACGCUGCUCUGAGGUUCCAGCUACUCCGCCCACAGUAUCUUCACCGCCUUCGUCGUUGGCGCCGUCCUCAUCCUCGCCGCCAUCCUCAUCCUCGCCGUCAUCCUCAUCCUCUUCGCCAUCAUCCUCAUCCUCCUCGCCGUCAUCACGCACCUCAAGCAUCCGGUCUUCGCGCGAAAGCAGUGCUCUCCCGGAGCCUUCUGAUCAACCUCAGUACUCAAGCCCGCCCCCUUCUCCGGACGAAACCUUCAACAACACCGAUGCGCAAUCGAAUUCAGGCAUAAGACCGCGAAGAAAUACGGUGUCGUAUAGGAAAGGAGUGCGUGCAAGGUCAUUACCUCGCGCCACAGAUGUUGCGAAGAUCCCAUACCACGAUCGCAGGUCUGUUUCGCCCUCCGGUGCAGCUCCGUCCCAUCACCGCCGUAAAGCCUCCCCCCCUCCCUCUUAUUGGGACGGGUCUUUCCGCCGUGCUGACGUCAAUCUACUUCAAACGACUGCCGGGGAACUCUCUUGGACACAAGAACGGUCGUUGGGAGACCCGUUGAAGUUCUAUCUUCCGCCGGGUUAUGUACCGUAUGUGCGCGGUUAUCAUUGUCCUUGCUGCAAAGCACAAAGCACGGUCGAGUGUCCGGGGGGAACGCUCCCUCUAGCGGGCCAGCUGGGACAUCCAGCCCUUUCCGACUCCGCCACUACGAACCUCGGCAAACGGCCGCGUGUGGAGCCUCCUGGUGAAGAACAACUCGAGUGGGCCGGCAUGACUUAUAUUCGACGAGAAAUAAGCGAGGACGACCCAUACGGCGAGGAUUGUGUGGCUUAUUGGUCGAGGCUCGAGAAGGAUUCCGAGGGAAGGUUGCAUACGGCAUUCUACAAUCGCCACAGGGUCAAGCUCGAGAUCCUCAAGGUCGACGUCAACAUCGACAAGGAGGAGUACCGCAAGCAUAUGGAACCUGUCCCAGACAACUCUGACCAGUGGCGUUGCAUAUGUGAGAAGGCGGAGCAUGGUCGAAGCGGUCGAUGCAAUUUCCAGUCGAAGAAGAACUUGAUCAAGCGCCACAUUGAGACGACACAUCUGAAUAUCAAACGCUUUCAGUGUAGUUGCAAGUUCACGCAACGCAGCAACGCAGAGAACUGCCAUGUGAACGUACAUACCCGCGAGAGCCCUCAUGCGUGCGCUCAAUGUGACAUGCGAUUCAGCGACCCGUCGAAGCUCCACAAGCAUGUCUCGCGCGAUCAUCACCAGGCUACGCGUCUGAAACGUCCACGGCUCGAUGCGGAUCAGCACAUUACUGCCGAGUAG